AUGAGCUAUAGUGAAGACAAGCUAAGAAUUAAACUACAGACAGAAUUAUUUAGUAGCACAGGCAAGGUUAUUCCAGGGCUUAAAGAUAUAUUAAUCCGUAUACUAUCCGACAUGAACAAACAAGAACCAUUAUUUGAAACAAAAUAUGCACCACUAAACAAUCUAGCGUAUAAUUCACUUGUUUUGCAAAUAUUGAACUCUGUUAAUGAAAAUAGUCCUUAUGAUGAAAACUGCAUUAUAGCCAUAGUUAAUAAGUCUAUAAAAAAUACAAAAAUAAUUAUGAACACAAUUAUAGACCCGAAUAACCAUUUAUCUGAUUAUAAAAAGAAACACGCAUACUACGAUAUAAUGAAUAAUAAUCAUUUGGUUGCAGCGCAGGUCUAUAAAAAAAGACAGAACUUCUUCUGUCAUACCAUUAAUAAAUUAUGUGCUCUGCAUAAUAUAUAUGUGUUACCAGAUGUUAUACUAUCUAGUGAUGCACUAGCGAAUCUCUUUGAAAUAGUUCAUUCUAUAGAUAUUCCAAGAAUACAAAGAGCAUUAGAAGUAAUAUUAAAGCAUGGAGACAGUCUUAUUACAAUAAAUGAGAACGGAGAGGAAAAAUCAAAUAUAAUUGAACUUGGACUAAAUAAUGGUGAUAUUUAUUCGUUACAUCUACUUACAAGAGUAGAUACUAAUGAUAUACAUUGGCUUAUAAAUAUAGCAUACGAUUCAAUUUUUGUUGAAAGUAGUAGCAAGCAUAAUAACAAAUACUUUUCUUCUCUGUAUUAUUUAUUAUACUUUCCAAUAUGGCAAAUGUGCAUAAAAACCGAAACAGACCAUAUUCUAUCUUAUAUACACAAAGAAGUGAACAACUUUCAAAGAUCAUUGGAUAUUUUUAAAGGCAUGAAAUCAUUAGUUAUCUAUGAUGCAAGAGUACAAUUUAAUAUUAAUUCUAUCUGGAAAAGUCCAAAUUUUACAUUUGAUACUUUUAAGAAUAACUUGGUUCUAAAACAUACAAGUAGUAUAAUCGAUAAAAUAUCAGUUAUUGCUAAUAGACCCAUUAGCACUAAAGUAAUUAUUACAUCAGAAGAGAAUAAUUAUCAGAAAACUCGAAAUGGCAAUAGAUACUUAAAUAUAAAGGGUAGGUUUGCCAGAACUUUCCUAGUUAUUAUGGUAAUAUUUGCUCUUCUAUUAAUUUUUUGUGGUAUGUUUGUAUUAUACCCUAAUGAAGUAAAUUUAUUUAUUUCUAAUAUUUUCUAUUUUUUAUUUAAGAAAUGUAAAUUUUCUUUACAUUAA